AUGCAGAGCGUGGUGAUGUCCUCGUUUGCCCGGAUGCCGAUCGCCAGCGAGGAAGUGCAGGGGCUGCCGGAGGAGCACAAGCGGAUCGUCGAGGUGUGCAGUCGGGUGAAGCAAAAGUGGACCGAUCCCGACUUCGAGCCCAAGGACUCGUCGAUCUGGAAGAAUCCAGAGAGGCACAAGGGGGAAAAGGUGGUGUGGAAGCGCAUCGAGGAGAUCUGCCCCAAGCCGUCCCUCUUCGUGGAUGGCGUUGAGCCGGACGACAUCCUCCAAGGCACCCUGGGAGACUGCUGGUUCCUGGGUCCUCUCUCGGUGAUCGCCCUCUAUCCCAACUUGCUGAUGAACCUGUUCAACACAUCCGAGUACAGCCGUUGGGGAGUGUACUCAGUCCAAUUCUGGAUGGGCAGCGAGUGGACGCCAGUCGUCGUUGACGAUUGGAUUCCUUGCACACCGGAGGGCAAGCCGAUCUACGCACACAGCCGAGAUCCCAAUGAGUUCUGGGUGAUGAUUCUGGAGAAGGCCUAUGCCAAAGUACACCGUUCGUACGAGGCCCUCGAGUCGGGCAGCGAGGGCGACGCCUUCCACGACCUCACGGGCUGUCCUCCGCACGAGAUUGUGCUGACUUCGGACGAGGCGCAGCGUGACAUCAAGAACGGGAAGAUGUGGGAGCGUUUGGUCAAGUACUUCUCGCUGCACCACCUCAUCGGCUGCUCGCGAGCUGACUCCAAAAACACGGAAGUCAGGGGCAUCCUCUGCACCGUCGACGGCGUCAAGAUGCUCAAGAUCAGUGCUGACGAACCCGUGGGGCGAGAAGAAUGGGACGGCGAUUGGUCCGACAAGUCGCCCCUGUGGACACAGCAGAUCAAGAAACGGCUCGACAUCGUGGAUGCUGACGACGGCGUCUUUUGGAUGUGCUUUGAGGACUUUGUCAAGUACUUCACCUGCAUCUAUCUGUGCUCGCAGAUACCCAGCGACUGGCACCACCACACCGCCACCGGCGAAUGGAAGGGGCCGACUGCCGGCGGCAGCGCAGACACGGCAGCGUGGCGAGGCAACCCGCAGUACUACAUCAGGGUGCCCGCGGGAGGGUGCGACUUGGCCGUGUUGGUCUCGCAGCCCUCCAUCCGCAGCAAAGCCAGCCAAUCCCGCAUCGGAGCCUACCCGCCCAUCGGGUUCUAUCUGCUCAAGACCGAGGGCAAGCAACGCUUGCUGGUGAUCAAGCGGGAGGACAUGCUCGCUGGCACGGUGUUCCGCAAGGGCAGAGAGACUUCGGAGGACUUCACCCUGCAGGAGGGCGAGUACAUCCUCAUUCCGUGCACGCUGAACCGCGGAGUGCAGAGCAAGUACAACGUGGUGGUCUACAGCGAGAAGCAGAUUGUCUUCGAGCAAAUCACCGAGGUGCCCGUGGUUCUCAGCGCCAAGAGCGAAUGGACCGCUGAAAGCUGCGGAGGAUGUGCCAACAACGGUUCCUGGAAGAACAAUCCCCAGUUCUUCCUCACCGUGCCGCAGACCACUCGACUCACCAUCCUCCAGGCCGUCGAUGAUCGCAAGGGCGAGUUCCCUCACCACGGCUUCUACAUCCUGCGCAGUACCAACGGCACCGCGCGUAACUCACUCAUCAACAGCAAGCACAUCACCACCAAGAGCGAUUUUGUCAACUCGCAGGAGGUUGCGCUCACCAUGACCCUGAAGCCGGGCAACUACCUCCUAGUCCCCUGCACCUUCCGCCCCGGCAUCCGCGACCGAUUUACCCUUGUCGUGUACGCCCAGCAAGACGCUGGGGUUGAGUUCGGCCCCAUCGCGAAGGUCGACUUGAAGAAGCAUCUGCUCGAGGGCGAGUGGAAGGGCAAGGGAGCUGCGGGCAGCGGCCCGACGUGGAGCAACAACCCGCAGUACACCCUUUGCUUUGCCGAUCCGGUCGAGAAGGCCAACCUCACCCUCAGCACCGACAACCGGAAGCUGUUCGUAGUGCUCUCCGUCAUGGCCGUGGACCAGAAGGCGACCGGGACAUCCAGACGCAUGCCCGGGUUCCACCACAACUCCUUCGUCGUUCGCAGCGAGGCCAACCGCGCCACCGUGGAGCAAGGGAAGGUCUACUACGUCAUCCCCAGCACGACCAACGUGGGUGAGGAGGGCCGCUUCUCGCUCGAAGCGCAAAGUCAGGCGCAGCCGAUACUUACGCUGUGCGAUGCCAGCACCGCGGCACCGGCCAUUCACUCCUCCCAGCAGUACGAGGACGAUGCGAAUCGAGGCCUUGAGGUGCAUGGCCGGUGGAAGGGCGAGAGUGCCGGCGGAUGCGUCAACUAUCCCACGUGGAGGAACAACCCGCAGUACCUGCUCCACGUCAAGCAAACGCGCGUCCUCACCAUCACCCUGGCCCAAAUCGACACCACCGCCCUGCUGCCCAUCGGACUCUACCUGGGCCAGAGCUCCGAGGACUCGUUCAUGCUGUGCCACCUCGACCAGGAGAACCUGAUCGAGUCGACCCCGUUCACAGACCGUGCUUCAGUGUCCAUGACCAUCACGGUCAAGGCCUCGCCCCUGCCCUACGUGCUCAUCCCGGCGACCUUUGACCCCGAGAUGGAGAACGACUUCACGGUGAGCGUCACCAGCGACGACGACCUGACGGCUAUCGCGCUCUCGCCGGCGGAACACUACCACCUCUCGAUGGAGGGCGACUGGCGCGACGGGCGCGGCGGCGGCUGCAAGAACCACCCCUCCUGGCGCAACAACCCCCAGUACCACUUCAAGGUGCGGCAGGCGCCGGUCAAGCUCUACGCGCUGCUUUCUCAGCCCGAGACCGAGGAGGACAUGCCCCACAUCGGCUACUACCUCCUUAAAAACGAAGACGGGGGAGCGGUGAUGACCAUCGACCCAAGCAAUCUGCUCCACAAGAGCGACUUUGUUGAUGAUGUGGAAGUCGGUGAGCUGGUGACGCUGAAGGAGCCGGGCAUCUACACCAUCCUGCCGUGCACCUUCAACCCGUUCAUCGAGACCAAAUUCGCGCUCAACCUCUACGCCAACGAACACAUCGAAUCCACCACUUCCUCCUACAACUAUACCAAGCUUUUCGCUCCGGGCCAAUGGACGGCCAGGAAUGCGGGCGGCUGCUCGGGCCAUCCGACAUUCCACACGAACCCGCAGUUCCGCCUGACGUCCCCCAUGCCGGGCACGGCCAUCGGCGGGUGGAAGAUGCAGUCCACCGGCGGCGCGGUGAAGCACGGAGUGGAGGUGGUCGUGGUCGUCUCCCAGCCCCUGCCCGCGGCCAACACCAUCGGGUUCUACCUCAUCACCCGCCGGGACAAGCGUUUCCUCUCCAAGGAGGUCACCUUCGUCAAGGGCACCGAAGCGAGCGCCAAGUACAAGCUGCACAAGGGCGUGGAGUACGGCAUCAUCGUGUGCACGCACGAGCCGGGUGCGCUGGGCCGCUUCUCCCUGGACGUCUAUGUCACCCACCCUUCGUUCACCCUCACCCCGGUCUAA